UUAGUUAGUCUGCUCCAGUCGCCGACUGCACAGCACGCUGAAGGAGAGACAGAAAGUGGCAGGCAGAGGGGGUGGAAAAAAUGGAGCUGGACCUGGACCAGUUGAUAUCAUGAGAGUGGAGGAUCAGAUCAGCAACUCGGAGUUGACCACAUUAUUUAUUGAUGUUUUGGAUCUUCUUCUGGUGCCUAAAUGCUGUCACAGGGCAAAAUGCACCCCAGGGCAAAGUCCCGCAGCUGUGAUAACUACCUGAGUAUUAAGGACGCAGAGUCCUUGGAUAACUGCAUCCAGAGCACCUUGUCUGCACUGUACCGUCCCUUCAGUGCCACCGCCUCCACCGUGCUGUGGCAGCUCUUCAGCGUGGUGGAGAGGCAGUACCGCGGAGACGGCCUCCGCUGCCUCAUCGACUUCUUGCUUCCUGCCAAGAGGAUCCUGCAGAUCGUCCAAAAGGAGAGCUGCGUAAAGUUCAGAGGCCUGCUGUUUUAUCACGAAGGAUGGCCUCUCUGCAUUCACGAGAAAGUCGUCCUGCAACUUGCACCGCUGCAUAAGGUUCGACUAAAGCAAGGAGACUUCUACUUCCAGAUCGUUCCUUUGGGGCGCAAAGCUGCGAAGCUGGUGAUAAAAUGCCUGUCUGCCAGCGGGCAGGCCAUCGCAGAGAUCCCUAUUCCAGAGAGCAUGUAUGGCAGCAUCUUCACAGCUGAGUUGCUGCAGAAUGUGACACGAGAUCGAAACCUGCACCCUCUACAGAACUGCCUGCUCACCAGCGGUACGGCCGUGUACAAGACGCCGUGGAAGAACGUGGUCAACCCGCUGUUUGUCAGCAGCACGGCGGACGCCAUCAUGCAAGCUCGCUGCAGCAGCAGAGGCAGCUUCAGGGGUCACCUGAGCACCUGCAGCACCAGCGGCUCCACCGGGACGCUGGACAGCCACCGCAGCUCCAGAGAGUCCCUGGUCUCUCUGGGAGCUGACUCCAUCUUCUCUGAGCCCACCUCCCCAAAGACAAACCACAAGGACUCAAGUGGUGAAAACCAACGUGUUUGUAGGGACAAAACAGUAGCACCAAUCAUUACAAUAGAGGGACAUGUAGAGGAGUUUGGUAAAGAAACAGGAGAUGAGGAUGCUGGUGGAAGAAAAAGAGAAUCAGGGUCGAAUAGGUUCUCUUUUGAUACGGAUCUCAGUACUCCAGACCUUCGUCGCCGCCCAAGAGACUCUGUUGGAUCAAAUGGAAGCAGCAGGAGACGUUUCAGGGAAUCCUACAUGGAGGCCCUGCAGAACCCAAUGACCCUGGGGUCCAGCUCUGAAUCCAUUCUGGAAGAAAGCCCUGAACAUGGCACUGGCUCGAGAGAGCGAGCCGUUACACCGGGUAGCAGCCCCGACACCCGCGCCUCUCCCAGAGAACAUUUAACCUGGAAGUUUGGCAGUCGGAGUUGGCUCAGUAGCGACGACUCCAGGCCCAACACACCCCUGUUCUACCUGCAGAAGGGGCUACGGAGCGCCGAGAGGCGGUCAGACAGGCGCUCCAAGUCGCUGGAGAGGACUAACAAGGCAGGCCAGGUAAAAGGCCACCGAGAGCGAUCCUCCUCUGGAGGCUCAACGAGCGUCUCUCCCAAAAAAUUGAUGAACGGUUACACGCUCCGCUUUGGGAAACUGGAUGUGGAGGCUGUGUUUAAUGGAAAUGAGAAGAGGAGCAGCAAAGAGGACUCAGGUCAACGUACCGACAGCGUUAGCAGUGACAUCAGACGGCACAAAACAAAUGUUGAAGAAUCACACAGUCCCAAAGAUGAAAAUGGGAUUACCCUAAAUCCAGGUUCUGCUCAGAAAUCUUCCUGUGACUAUAAUCCGGCCUUUCCCAAAUUGAUGUCAGAAAUCAAUCAAGAGCUGCUCACUUCAAGGGCUGUGAUCUUAGCAGGAAACCGAGACCGUGGAGGGAGACCAGUGCUUCAGGUGUGCACCAGAGCCGAGGUGUGGGCGCUUGACACAUGCAGAGUCAGCGAUGUAACGUGUUUACUGGGCUACUACCACUCAACUCUGAGGAAAGAAAGGCGUGAUCAAGGUCUGGCUGUUAUAAUAGACAGCAGAAAACAGCAGCCUGUCCCAACUCUGUUGUCAUCUCUGUUUGAAUUUCAGGCUUUAGUACCAAAUGCACUUUAUUCAAUCCUGUUCUUGGUGGACAAAGAUGGAUCAGCCAAACUGGACAGGGAUUUUGGCGUACAGAUUGAGACGCUUUCAUCCCUGAAGGCACUGCUGAAGCACAUCGACCAAACCCAGCUGACACGAGACCUGGAGGGCACCUAUCAUUACGACCACAACCACUGGAUCGGCUUCAGACAAAAAAUUGAGCCCUUUGCCAGCAGCUGCAGUGCAGCCAUCAGCUUCCUCCAGGAGUCCAUCAGGACUCUGAGUGUUUCUGGAGACCUCAAGACCUCUCAGGAGGUGUCUGAGGUGUUGGAACAGCAGAGGCAUCUCAUGAAGAGUGUACUAGACGACACCCAUCUGAACAGACUGCGUCUGGAAGGAGGAACUGUUCUCGCUCGCAUCAGGAAGGAGGAGGCGUGUGAGAAUGAAAACUACAGAGAUGCAAUUGAGAUGUUGAAUGCACUCUACAACCAAGUAGAUGAAGAGGUUCAUAAACUGGUAAUCCUGUCCAACAAGUCGCAGAAAGAGUUGGAGGAUCUGCUGGAGCUUCACAAGUUUGAGGAGCAGACACAACAGAUAAAGCGCUGGUUUAGCGUAGAGGGAGAGAAGCAUCUUCUACCUCUGGAAUCUGUAACUUUGUCUACGGACAAAAUAAAAGAGAUGAAGGAGAGUUUGGAGCAGUUUCUGGAGGAGUCAGAGUUCCAGACGAGGCUCCUGAAACAGAAUCCCAGCUCCCCUCCAGAAUCGGCUGCUUGCAACUUUAAACAACGUCUGGGGUCCAUCUUAAGCAGAGUACAGGAGCGGAAGGCUAAGUUAGAAGUCCUAACAAACCUGUACGAGUUCUAUGACUCGGCGCAGCAGUGGAUAGAGCACUGUCAGGAUUAUUUCCACCAGCUGAGUUUGGACGGCCCCGAUCAGACAUUUUCACCGUCUGUGGUGAAAAUCCUGCAGGAUUACUGCACGGAAGCAUCUAAAUUCUCCAUGGACAACUUCAGUACUCUCAACAACAUGGUGCUCUUGCUGGAGUGCCCCCAGCAGCUGCAGCAGUGGAACUCCAUGUGGCACAAAUGCCAGAAGACCAAACGGCAGCUGGAAGCGACGUUGGCUCGAGCCUCGUUGUCAGACCAGAACCCUAGUGCUGUCGGCACCGGGGAUUCCUUACCGGCUGCAGAAAGCUGUGUGGUGCCCCUAGAACUUCCCAGAGCUAAUGGAUGUCUGCACUUGCCUGGAGCUAUUACCUCGCUUACAUUUGAGGACAGCAAGAGUCUCUCUGCUGAAUCUUUUUCAAGGAGCCCCUCUGGCUCCAUCUCAUCUCCAUCGCACUUCACGUUCCCCGUGGACAGAGAAGACAAGCUGGGGCAGAGCUCAUGCACUCUCGAUGACACGGACAGCGACUGCACCAUCGACUCCACCGUCUCCUGCCACUCUGAGCCAGUGUACUCCAAGGCCACUCGGCUUCGAAAGCACCCGAUGAAGAAGAUCAUGAAGAAGACCAUGAGCUACGAGCUGACCCCGAGGGACGGCGGCCACUCAGACAUCAGCCACGUUCACGGCUACACGGGGGUCUACAUCAAGGGCUUGGAGGUUGCCAAUAAUGUGUCAGCAGAGAAGAAGCUGCUGAGGCCUGAUGUGACCAGUCCCGUUCUGGGACGCAGCCGCAGCCUGUCCACACCUUCAAGGACACACAACAGACGCAGUGAAGGAGAUGGCAAGAAACAGAGCAGUAAAGUUCAGCACAUCAUGGAUGAAAUGAUUUCCACAGAGAGGGAGUACGUUCGCUCUCUCAGCUACAUCAUUGAGCACUAUUUCCCCGAGAUGGAGCGUCUUGACUUGCCACAGGACCUGCGAGGGAAGCGCAGCAUCAUUUUUGGGAACUUGGAAAAACUGUGGGACUUCCACAGCCAGUACUUCCUGAAGGAGCUGGAGGCCAGCGCUCACUCUCCGCUGAGCAUCAGCAGCUGUUUCCUGCGACAUGAGGAUCAGUUUGGAAUGUACGCUCUGUACAGCAAGAAUAAGCCGCAGUCAGACGCUCUGCUCAGCAGCCAUGGCCAUGAGUUCUUUAAGAAUAAGCAGCUGGAGCUGGGAGACAAGAUGGAUUUGGCGUCCUACCUGCUGAAGCCCAUUCAGAGGAUGAGCAAAUACGCACUGCUGCUCAAAGAUCUGAUAAAGGAGUGCAGCUACUCGCAGGAGCAGGAGCUGAGUGACCUUCGUACUGCUGAGGAGAUGGUGAGGUUUCAGCUUCGCCACGGGAACGACCUGCUGGCGAUGGAUGCAAUCCGUGGCUGCGAUGUGAACCUGAAAGAGCAGGGUCAGCUCCGCUGCCAGGAUGAGUUCAUCGUUUGGUGUGGACGCAGAAAAUACCUUCGCCAUGUCUUCUUGUUUGAGGACCUCAUCCUCUUCAGCAAGACCAAGAAAAUAGAGGGAGGAUACGACAUUUACAUCUACAAGCAGUCCUUCAAAACAGCAGAAAUAGGUAUGACGGAAAAUGUUGGUGACAGCGGCCUUCGCUUUGAGAUCUGGUUCCGUCGGAGGAAGUCCCAGGACACGUUUAUACUCCAGGCCAGCUCGGCUGAGGUCAAGGCAGUGUGGACGGCUAUUAUUGGGAAGAUCCUGUGGAGGCAGGCCCUCAGAAACAGAGAGCUACGCAUGCAGGAAAUGGUUUCCAUGGGGAUUGGUAAUAAACCUUUCAUGGACAUAAAGCCCAGUGAUGCAGCCAUCAGUGAUAGAGCCAUUGACUUCAUCAUGAAGGGGACAGAGUGUCGGACGCGGGCGUCCAUCGCGGUGUCGUCGUUCGAGCACUGCGCUGCGUUUAAGAGGCCCCACUCCACCAUCUCCAACAGCAGCACCUCCUCCUCCAGCAGCCAGUCGUCCUCCUCCCUGCUGGGCUCCCUCAACCUCCAUCUGUACUCCUCGCCGUCUCACCCUCACCCAUACCUGUACCCGAUGGGCAGCGUGGCGUCCUUCGCCCAGUGGCCAUAUGACUGCAUAGAGGAGGACGAGCUGGAGCAGGACGUCGUGAGCAGCAGGCCCUCCAUGAUUACUGAGAGCUCAGAGACGUCCUCCUCCCAGUGCAACUCCAGUGACAGCGUAACAGGGCUGAGCACCCUCACCAUCCCUGGACCUCCCAGCGUCAUCAUGGAGACGUUUAACAACAACAACGAGUCGCCUGAUUUCCUCUGCUCCUCCACGCCUCCUCCCUCCAUCACCUCCACGCCGAUGUUCCACAAAGAUGAAGACCUCCUGCCGCAGGGCACCAAGUUCAUCACAGCAAGAGCAGCCACUCAUGUAGCGGUCGGCCUCUCCACAGUAGUCUGACUGGUGAGGGUUAGCCCUUUGUGAAGUUUUCAAGUCGUACAGCAAAUUUCACACAAGAGAAAAAGAAGAUGAAAAUAAGAACGUCUUGAUUUUUGGAGCACUAAGACUUGGAUUAAACUGAAACAGAAAAAUAGCAUUUUAUGACAAUACUGUAACUCACUUAGACUAACACGUGCUGUUAUGUUUCUGUCUGUGUCAUGGUACGUCAGAGGUCUGUACAUUUGAUUCAAUGAGAUAGUUAUGUGUUUAUAUUGUAGAUGUAUUUUGCAAAUAAAGUAGUAGACACUUUCAGACAGUGCUGCGUUGUAUUCCCGUGACUUCUGAGUUACACAUUUGUACAGAUUAAUAAAAAGUUUAAAGCUG